AUGGCACAGUGCAAACUUUUAACUAACCAGAAGAAAGAUUACCUUUUGGGACUGAAGUAUUGCCGAUGUUUAUUAUUAUCAUUAAAGAUGGGUGGGCAUUUUAUGAAGAUCAAACGGAUAGAGGAAAAUAAAAUAACUGCAUCGGAAUUGAUGUCAGUUAGCUUUGCAACUCUUCUUCCAUCGAGAAUAGGUUCAGAGAAACAAGUCGAAUCGCCUCCUAAAGCAAACGUGAUAUCAUUGGAACAACUAGCUGCUCGCAUAAUACGCAGCCUUCUUCGAAAUGUCAUCGAGUUUCGUCAUAAUGGUCCACCCAUACUUGGCCAUAUGGAAGAAGUAGAAGAAGAAGGGGAUGAUGAAGCAAAUACAAGCUGUGAUACAAAUGAAGAUUCUGAUACUUUGAUGAACAAUGCUGAAAUAGAAGAACUUGAUGGAACAAGUAGGGAAAGUGGUGAAAGCGUGUUACAACCUAGAAUUCCAGGUUCACAAGACUGCUCAAUGGCUCGAUUUUUACGUUUAGCCUAUCUGCACUAUUUGAUAAAUCACGCUGAGAUAGGCCACGACAGAUCACAAGUUUCAAAUCAAAAUUCACCUACUGAAGAUACCAACUCAAACAGAACAAAUUCAAAUGAUGUGCAAAAUGAUACAACUGGAGAUGAAGCAUUAGAUGCAGAAACUGGAGGUUCUGACGGGACUGCAACAGAAAACCACAACAGUAAUCCACCUUAUCUACGAAUCGAUUUUUGCCGCUUUUUAAAUGGUGUUAGUAAUACUAUUAUUGGAACCUCUACUGGUUGUGAACAUAGUAACGAGGAUGAAGAUACUCAAAUCAAUGAAAUUCACAAUACAAGUGCAUCUGUAGAUAACGAAUCAACAACUGAUGAACAUGUAAAGAACAAAUCUACACCUCACAAAAAACGAAAGAAAUAUUGUUGGGUUCCCCCAAGCUACACUUACAAAGAAGAAAUGAACGUAUACUUUCUGAAGAAUUACGUUUUGGAAAGCCUUUAAUUCGAUCUGUGAUUACAUUGUGAAGUAGAUUACUUCAAACUUAUUUCAUCCUUUCAUUCAGAUAGAUCCUAUUCACAAAAAUUAGUUAUAAUUUCGUAAGGCAUGUUACCAAGUCUUUAUAAACUAUUUAUUUGUACUACGUAACUCCCUUGUUUUCUCCCAUAAAUCAUCGACAAAUUUUUAAACUUCGUCAUGUUCUCUCAUCUUUUCAUGCAUGAAAAUAAUGUAGUUUAUGGAAAAUUUAUCUUUGAAUAGGAUGAUUAAGGAAAUUAAUUUCAUAUUACAAAUAUACUAUUCAA